AUGGCAAAUCGAUUACCUGCAGAAUGUUGGGAGGAGAUAUUCGAGAAUUUAGAUAUUGGCUCGCUUCAUACUGCUAUUCUAAUAGAUAGAAGAACUUUUUCUGCAGGAAUUAGAAAAUUAUGGAGUAAUCCUUUCGAAGUUUUUGAAAUUUCAAAAUCUAAGAAAAUAUGGAAAAUUUUAAAUGUAUACUUAUCAUAUUUAUCACAAGAAACUAAAGAUUUUCUUUUAGGUUUUUCGAUUGAUAUUGAUGAAUUAUCUAUAAAGAAGCCGAUUUUUCCUUAUGUGACUUUAUUGAAAACAUUUCAUUUGGCAAACGUGGAUCGAGCGAUUGCACUUUGGAUGGACAAAAGGAAAUAUUAUUUUUUUGAUGAUGAUAAUGUUAGAAUAGCGAAUACUAUCUUGAGAGAAUUAGUAAUUGUAUUCCUUAAUCAAUCAAAUCUCACAAAUAUUUGUGCUGAAAAGUCAUUCUGUACUGAUGAACAAAGAUUUGAUUCAUUUUUUAUUUCUUUUGCAAGACUUCCAAAUGUACAAAGUGGAUUAUCAAAUUUGAGUUCAUUCCAUUGUGAAGGUUGUCUCCCUUCAGAAUUCUAUCUUGCCUUGGCCGAAAUAUGUCAUUCUAUUACAGAUAUUAGAAUUAAAUGUGGAUGUGUUGACAGCGUUGGGUUAAAUGCUUUGAUUAAGGCUCAAGAGAAAGGGUUGGUUUCUUUCUCACUUGACGCAAGUACUGACAUGCCAUUGCUUAUGAAAGCUUUUUCCAAUAAAUAUGACACAUUAAAAAAUUUAACGUCCUUGGGGCGUUAUAGGGUUCCUCUCACGGCAUUUAGAGAAUCACCUUUGGAAUCCCUUAUCAUCAAAAGUUAUGAACGCGUUAGAAAAGAUUAUUUUGAACCACUCAUGACAAAUCCCGUUCAAAAUCUUUGGAAAUUAGAAAUUGAUCUUGUUGGAUUACAAAUUGAAUCACUUAUAACUAUAAUUGAAAAUUCUGGAUCAACCUUACAAGUAAUUCAUUUAAAAUGGCAAUAUGUGAUCGAUGGAUAUAAUGCUCCUACCCUUUUCACAUCAAUAGCCAAUAAUUGUACUAAAUUAAAUUCUUUAAACAUCGCUGUAAAUUCUAAAACUGUUUUACAAUUACAUGAAAUUACACGCUCAAAUCCUCUUAUUAAAAGUCUUACUUUACGAGGUGAUACUAUGCCGGGUCAUAGAAUAGAUAUUAGUGAAGGAAUUAUUCAAUUGGCAAAUUCUGAAUCAUUUCCAAAAAAAUUAGAGUUGCUACAAUUGAAUUAUGAUGUCAUGAUCAAAAAUUCUGAUGCUUUGGAUAUUUUCUUUUCAAAUGCUAAAACUUUUUUGAUUAAACCUUUGAAAUUUCAAAUUACUGAUGGUUUCGUCGGCAAUAAUCUUAUUCAUAAAAGUUCUGACUACUUUCUAAAAUAUGGUGAUAUUUUGGAAAAAGAUUCCAUAUUUUGGGGGAUAGAAGGAUAA